AGCUAGCUAGGACCUGUAGGAGCAACAAAGACUGACCUAUCCACCUUCUCUCCUUUUCUGUUACUUUUGCAUGUGUUUCUGUUGAGGUGAACAAGAGGAUACAGAGAGAAAGAGAGAGAAGAAGAGUAGUGAGAGCCUGAGAGGUGGCAGCGAGGGGAAGAUGGAAGUUGAGGCUCACCAUGGCUUCCUGCUAACAGGGAGCCAGCACCUCCAUGGCCACCCUCAUCAUCAAGCUGCAGGUCUGUCUUUGCAAGGAGAUGAUGAGUGUUGGGAGUACUUCCCCUGUCCCUUCUGUUACACUGAGGUGGAGGUUCCUUUCCUCUGUGACCAUCUACAGGAGGAGCACUGCUUUGACAUGAAAAAUGCUGUUUGUCCGAUCUGCGCCGACAACCUUGGGACCAACACAGAUGAACAUUUCAGGAAUCAGCACUCACAUCUACUGACGAGGAGAAAGUCUUCUUCUUCUUCGAAGCCAAGUCAAGAAGCAGCUGACAAGGACACAUAUGAAGAAGAUGAUGACUCCUACUUUGAAGCACCAUCAUACAUCAUCGGCAAGCCAGUUCCUGAUUAUUCCCCUGACCCGCUGCUCUCCGAGUUCAUCUGCAGCUUCAUGCCUCCGAUCGAUUCAGAGCCCGGUGAAGCCAAGGAGGAUCAUGCUUCGCCUUCCUUGGUUGACCCGAGGCUGAAUCAGGUUGUGAUGGAUGAUGCAUCAAAGCAGGAUCUUAAGGACAGGUUGCGGAGAACCGAGUUCGUGAAGCAGAUGGUGAUGACAACAAUUUCAGCAGAUGGAGACUGAUUUUCCAGGGUUCAUUUCAGCAUUUGACUGGGACUGUUCAGGAUCUUGGAUAUGCAGAGCAAUGUGUCAUUUUUUGCUAAGCUUGACCUUUGGCACAUGUAUACCUACAAUCUUGGAUACCUGAAUGAUCAAUCUUAAUCCUUUAGGCUCAGCUUUCGUUA